CCUCGAACGUUGUCAAUUGAAGAGGCAAACUUCAUUGUUUUGCUCGAAUUGCUGCAACGAACAACCUCAAUUAACCUAAUUUUUGUGGUAGGUAGAAUGAUGAUGAUGUAUCACUUGCACGUUUAUGCGGAGGUAGCUGGUUUGACUGGAAAGCCUACAUAUGCUAGGCUAGCAAGAGUAGCAAAAGGUGCUGGGGCAGCACUACUACUUUUGCAAGUUGCCAUGAUAGCUUGGGAUACAUAUUCAUCCGAUCCCCCGCUAAAGACUCUUACAAAGGAUUCGGUGGAGACGAUAGUGUCUUUGGCAGGGGGGAUAGCAGGCGAGAUUGCCGGUUCUAUUGCUGUCACUUCAAUUUUGACAGCUGCUGGAAUCAGUGUCACUGCAACAGCAGCCACGACUUUUAUUAUAGUAGCUUCAAUUGCAAGUGGCAUUGGGGCAGGUAUAUCAGUUGGGGCUUUAGUUGGUUGGUUACUGGAUAAGGUAUUCGAAUCUGGUGGAAAAGCAGCUCACAAACAAGAUGUUCGUCAUCCUUCUACUGAACACCUUUUUGUGCAUAUUGCCUCAAUGCCUAAUGGUGAUCGCUUGGUUCGCAGGCUUACUGCUGGUCCUAAGGUUUAAAUCAAGCUUCUGCUUGUUCAAUUAAAGAAGAUAUAUUGCAGAGUGGGUGUGUCUAUUUCAAUAAAAGAAGGCCUUGAUCAUGCAACAUCAAGGUGAAAUCAUAUGUUAUUGUUGAGCUAUUACACGAAUACUUAUAUGCAUGUUUUUCUUACAGCAAACAUCAAUGGAUAUUAUCUAAUAUAUUUGUUUGAUUCAAUCUUAUUAUGCCAUAUAUUUAUCGCACUUGUUUCUUAGA